CCGCCUCAUUAGCAUUCGGUUCUCGGCUUGAGGAGGAGGGGGGAAGGGAAGAGUGGUGGUGAUGGGGGGGUGAUGCUAAGAGAGGAGCGCCACACUCGGAGCAGGAAUCAGCAGCGCUUGCCGCUCCAUCGCUAAGGGUCCUUUUUUCCUCGACUACUGGGGUCACCCCCCCCUUUUAUUUUCCACCUCCAACCUUCGUCCUCGUUAAUUGCACACCCGGCUGCACCAAAAGAAAAAAAAAAAGAUGCGUGGGAUUUAACGCCUUGAUCAUCCGUCUCUCUCCUGGAAUAUUCCUGACUCCCCUCCCUGAGUGUGUGUACGGUAGAUGCGGACCGCCACGGCCAUGCAGCAAAUUGUGCAUUUCUCCAUGUCCUUCCUCCUCGUUUUGUGGGGGUGUGCGCAGGGAGGCUCGCCCAGCGUCCAAAUCGGGGGGCUCUUUCCGAGGGGCGCGGACCAAGAGUACAGCGCCUUCAGGAUAGGCAUGGUCCAGUUCGGUACGGCCGAGUUUCGGCUCACGCCUCACAUCGACAACCUGGAGGUGGCCAACAGCUUCGCUGUCACCAACUGCUUCUGCUCGCAGUUCUCCAGGGGCGUCUACGCCAUUUUCGGAUUCUACGACAAGAAGUCGGUCAACACCAUCACGUCGUUCUGCGGCACGCUGCACGUGUCCUUCAUCACGCCCAGCUUCCCGCUGGACGGCAACCAGCAGUUCAUCAUCCAGAUGAGGCCCGACAUCAAGGGGCCACUGCUCAGCCUCAUCGAGUACUACAAGUGGGACAAGUUCGCCUACCUGUACGACAGUGAUCGAGGUCUGACGACGCUUCAGGUGGUUCUGGACACGGCGGCUGAGAGGAAGUGGCAAGUGACGGCCAUCAACGUGGGCAACCUGAAAGAUGAGCGUAAGGACGAAGCGUACCGCUCGCUUUUCCAGGACCUGGAGAAUAAGAAGGAGCGCAGAGUGAUCCUGGACUGUGAACAAGACAAAGUCAAAGACAUCAUGGACCAGGUGAUCACCAUUGGCAGACAUGUGAAAGGCUACCAUUAUAUCAUAGCCAAUCUGGGUUUUGUCGAUGGCGACCUAUCUAAAAUCCAGUACGGCGGUGCCAACGUGUCGGGCUUCCAGAUUGUGGAUUUCGACGACCCGCUGGCAUCCAAGUUCGACCAGAGGUGGGAGGCCCUGGAGGAAAAGGAGUAUCCGGGAGCAGACAGCAAGAUCAGGUAUACGUCGGCGUUGACGUACGACGCGGUGCAGGUGAUGACGGAGGCCUUCCGCUACCUGCACAAGCAGCGGAUCGACUUCACCCGGCGAGCCAACACCGGCGACUGCCUGGCCAACCCGGCCGUUCCCUGGGCUCAGGGAGUGGAGAUUGAGCGAGCGCUGAAGCAGGUGCGUGUGGAAGGCUUGACGGGCAACAUCCAGUUUGACCAACACGGCAAGCGGGUGAACUACUCAGUUAACAUCAUGGAACUGAAGAACAACGGCCCUGUAAAGAUUGGCUACUGGAACGAAGUUGACAAAAUGGCCGUCACCAAGUCCGACGUCUCUGCCAACGACUCGACGGGGAUGGAAAACAAAACAGUCAUUGUCACCACCAUCUUGGAAGCUCCUUACGUCAUGCUAAAAAAGAACGCCGACCUCUUUGAGGACAACGACCGCUACGAAGGCUACUGCGUGGAUCUGGCCGCCGAGAUCGCCAAACAUUGCGGUUUCAAAUACCAGCUGAAAAUUGUGGGCGACGGCAGGUACGGAGCCAGGGAUGCCGAGACCAAGAUCUGGAAUGGGAUGGUCGGCGAGUUAGUGUACGGGAAAGCCGACAUCGCCGUGGCUCCGCUGACCAUCACCUUGGUCCGGGAGGAGGUGAUCGACUUUUCCAAGCCAUUCAUGUCUCUGGGGAUCUCCAUCAUGAUCAAAAAGCCCCAGAAGUCCAAGCCCGGCGUUUUCUCCUUCCUGGACCCGCUGGCCUAUGAGAUCUGGAUGUGCAUCGUGUUUGCCUACAUCGGCGUCAGCGUGGUGCUCUUCUUGGUCAGCCGCUUCAGCCCGUACGAGUGGCACACCGAAGAGUAUGAGGACGGCCAGAUCCAGACCAACGAGUCCACCAACGAGUUUGGAAUAUUCAACAGCCUGUGGUUCUCCUUGGGGGCCUUCAUGCGACAAGGCUGCGAUAUCUCGCCAAGGUCUCUGUCCGGGCGCAUCGUUGGCGGCGUGUGGUGGUUCUUCACGCUCAUCAUCAUCUCCUCCUACACGGCCAACCUGGCUGCUUUCCUCACUGUGGAGAGGAUGGUGUCGCCCAUCGAAAGCGCCGAGGACCUGGCCAAACAGACCGAGAUUGCGUACGGCACGCUAGACUCAGGCUCCACAAAAGAGUUCUUUAGGCGUUCUAAAAUUGCCCUCUUUGACAAAAUGUGGACGUACAUGCGGAGUGCGGAGCCCUCGGUGUUUGUGAAAAAAACAGCCGAAGGGGUUUUGAGAGUCCGCAAGUCCAAGGGCAAGUACGCCUAUUUGCUGGAGUCAACCAUGAACGAGUACAUCGAGCAGCGCAAGCCGUGUGACACCAUGAAGGUGGGAGGCAACCUGGACUCCAAAGGCUACGGGAUCGCCACGCCCAAAGGAUCCUCAUUAAGAAAUGCGGUUAACCUCGCAGUACUAAAACUGAAUGAGCAAGGCCUGUUGGACAAAUUGAAAAACAAAUGGUGGUACGACAAAGGAGAGUGCGGCAGCGGGGGAGGUGAUUCCAAGGAGAAGACCAGCGCCCUCAGCCUGAGCAACGUGGCUGGGGUCUUCUACAUUCUGGUCGGAGGGCUCGGCUUGGCCAUGCUGGUGGCCUUGAUCGAGUUCUGUUACAAGUCCCGAGCUGAGGCCAAACGAAUGAAGGUGGCAAAGAAUGCACAGAAUAUUAACCCAACUUCCUCGCAGAAUUCACAGAAUUUUGCAACUUAUAAGGAAGGUUACAACAUGACUUUUGGAGACGCCAUGAGGAAUAAGGCGAGACUUUCGGUCACCGGGAGCACUGGGGAGAAUGGUCGGGUGAUGACUCCGGAGUUCCCGAAGGCCGUCCACGCCGUCCCGUACGUCAGGCCCGACAUGGGCCUCAACGUCAGCCUGACAGACCUGUCCUGAUCCCAGACCAACUUCCGAGUGCCUUACCAUGGUUUCAAAAAGUAAAGAAAAAAAAGAGCGCUUUGGUUCUUUUUUUUUUUCUUCCGAAAUCCCGUCCCCAAGCCCACCCUCCAAUGCUCCCUACUCUUGCUCGCUGUUCUGGCACUUUUUUUUUUCUUGAAUGGGAACGUUGGAGAUCGCAAAGACUUUGUCCCCGGUCAAUAUUUUCAACUAAAAAAUAAAGGGCAACCCUGGAAUAUCUUGGAUUUUUUUUUUCCUUUUCUAAAUGUGUGGAAGCGAGGGGUUGAUUGACAGCAGCUUCUCCCCAAGUCAUGAACUGUGUGUAUGUGCCAGCGUGUGUGUUAAUCGGUCGCCACCGCAACAUCCCAAACAGGAAGCACAUCCGCGUUCUAAAAAUGUGAAAUAGUCCUUUGAAGUUUUUCUUAAGAAAAGCCCAAGAAACUAGAAACAAAAAAACUAUUUUUAUGUAUUUUCACAAAAUAGCUUUUCAAGAUACUCGGCAGCGCGCGUGGAGAGGAAAGGAAAGAAUAAGAAGCAGUGACAGAUAUCAUGUAAUUAAAAACCUGUAUAUUUUAUUCGUUAACAUUUGGUGUUGAUACGAACUAUAUGUCAAUGCUUGACACUUUUGGAAUCGACGUUUUCGCUCUUCCUUUUCAACUUCUGUGAUUUCCCCCCCCCCCCCCACUGCCCUCCGUUUGUUUGAUUUUUUCUUUUUUCCUGCCGAAGACCAGAGUCGUUUGUUGCGCUUUCAGGAGGAAGUGAACCUGUUUACACGCCAUGAAUGCAAAAUAUAUAUAUUAGAAAAACAAUGGAAAAGGGGCGUUCAAGAGGCAUCGAGGAAAAAUGCCAAAUAAGUGACGGGUGCCAAAUCUUAGUGCCAGUAGAUGAUGAAUAUAGAGUCUUAAUAUAAUCAAUCACUGUCAUUUCAGUGAAUGUAAAUGACUUUUUUUUUUUUUUUGUAAACUAUAGUUGUACAGUCGGUGGUGACGACACUGCUAAUAAUGAUAAAUAAAUAGCCUUUUUUCCGGGGGUUGUUUUUGUUGUUUUCCAUGUAUUUUUGCAUCCACCUGACGAAGACGUAGCAGCGGUUUCUGCAUGUCGUUUGCCGUUGUUGGGACGAGACGGGGUUUUUUUUUUCUGUUUUCAUGACUGCCAAAAAAAAACACACACACACAAAAGCGUUUACAUUUUAACGUAGAAGUCGUGACGGUGUUUGGAAAUUUUCAGAAAAAAA